UGUCCUUUUUAUGCAUAUAUUUAUAUAUGUUAAAAGAUUCUUAAUCUUUGUUUUAUAUAUUUUUUUUUUCCUGAGGGACGUUUUGGCUUAGACUUCUUUGGAUUUUCUCCCUACUGGUGUCUUUUUCAAAAUUCUCAAUACUGACAAGGAAUCGGUCAAGUGUGAAAUAUAGAAAAACAAGUGGUUCUCCCUUUUAUGUGUUUUUUUUCUGCUGUUGGGGUUGCAGACAUGAGAUGCAGGUGUGAACCUUGGAUCAGAAAGGAAGAUGAUUUUCUUGUCCUGUUCCUCUUUUCAUCUGUUUCAGGAAUAGCCUUCUAGAGAGAGAAAGGGGGUGUCGACAAGGAAACAACUUUUUGGCCACGUCUACUUUUUCACACCAAAAUUUCAACCUUGUCAGUGUUUAGCUCAAUCUGGUUUAAAGGUCAAAAAGUUAAGUGUUAGAAGAAAUCAAAAAACUGAAAAGUUCCUUGCAAAAGUGACAGUGACAAUUUCGGGUUAUAAAAAAUAGAAAUAUAAAAAAGGGAGGAACAUGAGAGUCAGCAUGGGAGGAAUUGAGGCACAGAAAUUUUUGGGAGAUAAAAGAGACAGGGUCAAUCCAUUUUUUUAAAACUUCUUUGUGGGGUUCGAGCCUAGGUUUGAUUUUGAUUACCAGUUGCUGUUGGGGGUGCAAGAGUUGAGACUGAUAUAUUUAUUUCUCAAUCCAUUUCCAGUUCAAUGCAAAAUUCAUCUUCCUUCUCCUACUCAACUCAAAGGAAAAUGGAAGGCCCCAGUGAGAUGGGUCUCAUUGGGGAAAAUUUUGAUGCUGGUUUGAUGGGAAGGAUGAGGGAUGAUGAAUAUGAAAGCCGUUCUGGAAGUGAUAACUUUGAAGGCGUAUCUGGUGAUGAUCAGGAUGGUGGUGAUGAUCAGCCACAGAGGAAGAAGAGAUAUCACAGACAUACUCCUCACCAAAUUCAAGAGCUUGAGGCUUUCUUCAAGGAGUGUCCUCAUCCUGAUGAGAAGCAAAGGUUGGAUCUCAGUAAGAGGCUUAGUUUGGAGAAUAAGCAAGUCAAGUUCUGGUUUCAGAAUCGACGAACUCAGAUGAAGACUCAACUGGAACGCCAUGAGAACAUAAUGCUUAGGCAAGAGAACGAGAAGCUGAGAGCUGAGAACAGUUUGAUGAAGGAUGCGAUGUCAAAUCCAGUGUGUAACAACUGUGGUGGGCCAGCUAUUCCUGGCCAAAUUUCAUUUGAGGAGCACCAGAUUAGAAUUGAAAAUGCUAGACUAAAGGAUGAAUUGAACCGUAUAUGUGCCUUAGCAAACAAGUUCCUUGGCAAGCCAAUCUCAUCAUUGACCAGUCCCAUGGCCCUCCCAACCUCAAAUUCUGGUCUAGAACUUGGUAUUGGAAGGAAUGGGAUUGGUGGUUCAACCACUCUUGGCACUCCCUUGCCAAUGGGACUUGAUUUGGGCGAUUUGGGCACACAACCUGCAAUGCCUGGGAUUAGACCACCAUUGGGAUUGAUGGGAAAUGAAGUUCAGCUGGAGAGAUCUAUGCUUAUAGAUCUUGCAUUGGCUGCUAUGGAGGAAUUACUUAAGAUGACUCAGGCAGAGAGCCCUCUUUGGAUUAAGAGUUUGGAUGGCGAGAAGCAAGUGUUUAAUCAUGAGGAGUAUGCAAGGUUGUUUUCUCCUUGUAUUGGUCCAAAACCCACGGGUUAUGUAACUGAAGCUACAAGAGAAACUGGCAUAGUAAUCAUCAACAGUUUAGCCCUUGUGGAAACUUUGAUGGACGCGAAUCGAUGGGCAGAGAUGUUUCCUUCAAUGAUUGCUAGAGCUAUCAACCUUGAUGUUAUAUCUAAUGGCAUGGGUGGAACAAGAAAUGGUGCUCUACAAGUGAUGCAUGCUGAGGUUCAAUUGCUUUCACCACUAGUCCCGGUUCGUCAAGUAAGAUUCCUCCGGUUCUGUAAGCAGCAUGCAGAAGGUGUAUGGGCUGUGGUUGAUGUUUCUAUUGACAUCGGUCAUGAUGCUGCUAAUGCACAACCAUUCAUGAGCUGUAGGAGGCUUCCUUCUGGCUGUAUUGUGCAGGAUAUGCCCAAUGGUUACUCUAAGGUUACUUGGCUUGAGCACUGGGAGUAUGAUGAGAGUGUUGUCCACCAACUUUAUCGGCCAUUGCUUAGUUGUGGCGUUGGAUUCGGUGCUCAUAGAUGGAUCGCCACCCUCCAAAGGCAGUGUGAAUGCUUGGCUAUCCUCAUGUCCUCUUCUAUCUCAAGUGAUGAUCACACAGCAUUGAGCCAAGCUGGUAGGAGAAGCAUGUUGAAGUUGGCACAACGCAUGACUAGUAACUUCUGUUCGGGGGUGUGUGCUUCUUCGGCUCGCAAGUGGGACAGCCUUCACAUAGGGACUCUCGGUGAUGACAUGAAGGUUAUGACUAGGAAAAACGUGGAUGACCCUGGUGAGCCUCCGGGGAUUGUGCUCAGUGCUGCAACUUCUGUUUGGGUGCCAGUGACUCGACAGAGGCUCUUUGACUUUCUGCGUGACGAACGCCUCAGAAGUGAGUGGGACAUCUUGUCCAAUGGCGGACCAAUGCAGGAGAUGGUCCACAUUGCCAAAGGACAAGGACAUGGAAACUGUGUUUCUCUCCUUCGUGCUAAUGCUGUUAAUGCGAACGAUAGCAGCAUGCUGAUUCUGCAAGAGACAUGGAUGGAUGCGUCGUGUUCAGUGGUGGUAUAUGCACCGGUGGACGUGCAAUCGUUGAACGUGGUGAUGAGUGGGGGAGAUUCUGCAUACGUAGCACUAUUGCCUUCAGGGUUUGCCAUUCUUCCGGAUGGUCAUUCCAGCAACAGUUGCAACGGGACUAUGGCGAAGGGUGGCGGCGACAACAGCGGCGGAAGCCUUCUGACAGUUGGGUUCCAAAUUCUGGUGAAUAGCCUCCCAACGGCUAAGCUCACAGUGGAGUCAGUUGAUACUGUGAAUAACCUCAUCUCAUGCACCAUUCAGAAGAUAAAAGCUGCUCUCAGAGUUGCAUGAUAUAUACCAUUUUGUUAAUGCAAGUUAAGUUAAUUACCUUACUUUGUGUCUUUUUUAUUAUUAAAUUCUUUCUGAGAUGAAUUUGAGAGAAGGGUGUAUAGGAUUAAAUUAUAAUAUGAUAGAGUAGUGGAAGAGGCUGAGGCAGAAAGGGUCGCGUAAGGAAGGUUUCGAGUCAAGAACGAACCGCGAUGGAGGAACUUGAUGCUUAGUUUUCUGCUCAUAGUGGUUCGGGUAUUGACUCGUUCACCUGCGAGUUCCUCCCAGCACUCUUGUUUCGAUUAAAAAAAAAUAUGUGCGUGUUAGUGUUACUACUUACUACUUACUAGUGCCCAUCCUAUACUGUUGCAAAUUCCUGAACUAAUGUAUUUUCCAAUUCAUUUUCA